GUACGUCACGCGUUCAUGAUCUUUCAUUCUGUGGAUGUAGUACGAUUCAUUGUGCGACCUCGUUUUGCAGAAAUAUCCGCCUCAACAUAAAGUGCUGGUCCUGGGGUUUCUUCAACACUGAGUUGGAGCCUCGAACAUUUCUUGAAAUUUUACUUGAACUGUGUCAUCAGAUGACAGCCAUGUCCGGUUCUACCGCGGCACUGGAAACGCAAAGCGCUCAGGUGUCGGCAGCUUCCGACUUGGGAACGGCAAGUGCUCAGGCGUCGGAAGCAGUUAUAGGCCCGGAAGUUGCUCCCGCUCCUGCUGAACGUCCUGAUGAAGUAAACCUCGUCGAUGAACGCUCCUCUGAGCGGGCUGUGUCAACACCACCUACAUACACAAGGCCCCUCCGCAGCUCCGUGACGUCACCCUAUGCCGUCCGUCGGCAAGCCAACAAUGGCGUCCGCUUGCUGUGGUUGCGUUCGGCAGCGAUGCUAUUUCGAAGACGAAUUCACCCGUUUUCUCGAUGUGAAACAGCGAACGAGCGUGUACUUCCGAAGAAUAGGAUCCUACUGCAGUGUCUGUGCCCAUAACUUACGGAAUAAUUGCGUACACAGCGGCAAGCCCAGCGACUUACAACUUCUGCUGCUAAGAGUACA